GUCAAUAUAGAUAAUGUGAAAUAAAGAAAAAUUAAGACAAUAUUUAAGAAGAACGAUACACCACCCAAAGCUUAAGUUGUUUAGUGUAGUAAGAUCGACCGUUGUUGUGACCAAGAUAUAACAAAAAGAGAGUAAAAACUCCGUCUAGACGAUAAUGCCCACGUGUCUGCUCCUCACCGUCUGGUUCCUCAUUUGUAUCCUUGAUUCGGUUCACCUGGUUCGAGCUCAAAACCAAAUGGGAGCCACUACUUAUCCCGACGAAGCGGAAACUUUGAACUCCAUCUUCGCGGCUUGGAAGAUCCCGACGCAGAAGGCAUGGAACACGAGCGGCGACCUUUGCUCCGGCGUUGCCAUAGACGACAGGAUCAAGAUCGACGACAAAGACUACAACCCUCUUAUCAAAUGCAACUGCAAUUUUGUCAACUCCACAAUCUGCCGCAUCACUGCUCUAAAAGUUUAUGCGAUAGAUGUUGUAGGACCUAUACCUCCACAGCUUUGGAGUUUGACAUACCUCACCAAUCUAAAUCUGGGCCAAAAUUAUCUUACAGGCUCCCUUUCUCCUGCAAUUGGAAAUUUGACUCGAAUGGAAUGGAUGAGCUUUGGGAUCAAUGCGUUGUAUGGCCCCCUUCCCAAGGAAAUUGGUUUGCUUACAAACUUGAAAUCGCUUGCUAUUGGUGUUAAUAACUUUUCCGGUUCUAUUCCAGCUGAGAUUGGGAAUUGUACAAAACUAAUAAAAAUUUACAUAGGAAAUACUGGACUUGCAGGGGAAAUACCAUUAUCAUUUGCUAAUCUUGUAUUGCUGGAAGACGUUUUGCUUAACGAUGUGGACCUUACUGGUCAGGUACCGGAAUUUAUAGGCAAAUGGACCAAACUUACUAUCUUGAGAAUUCAAGGAACUAGUUUGAGUGGUCCGAUACCGUCGUCAUUUUCCAACUUGACUUCUUUGAGAGAACUGAGUCUUGGUGAUAUACCUAAUGGAAGUAUAUCUCUUGAAUUCAUCAAAGACAUGAAAUCUCUAAGUAAAUUAGUAUUUAGGAACAGCAAUCUCACUGGGACAAUACCCUCUAAUAUCGAGGAAUACUCAAGUCUUCAACACGUUGAUUUAAGUUUCAACAAACUACAUGGACCAAUUCCGGCUUCACUUUUCUACUUAAAUCAACUCACCAACUUGUUUCUUGGAAACAACACGUUGAAUGGUUCUUUGCCCAUUCAAAAGAGCCAGGCUUUGAGCAAUAUAGAUGUUUCGUACAAUGAUUUAUCUGGUAGUCUUCCUUCAUGGGUCAGCUUACCAAACUUGAAAAUCAAUCUUGUUGCUAACAAUUUCAGCUUGGAAGGUCUUGACAAGAGGGAUUUACCAGGACUGAAGUGCCUGCAGAAGAACUUCCCCUGCAAUCGAGGCAAAGGAAUCUGUAAUCUUUUAAACAGAGAUAUUAUAUAUCAUAAUCAUUGUUCUCAACUGUUCUUAUAUUUUCUUAAGGUUUUUUCUCUUGACUGGUAUCUAGAUUCUGACUUUUUGAUCAACUGCGGAGGGCCACAAAUACGGUCAGUUACCGGAGAAAUAUUUGAAAGGGAGGACGAGGAUCUUGGAUUAGCUUCAUCUUUCGUGAGUGAUGGUCAGAGAUGGGCAGUCAGUAGCGUAGGACUUUAUGCCAGGAGUAUCAAUUAUAUAUGGGUUGUCAACAGUUUGGACUCAGAGCUUUUUCAGUCAGCAAGACAUUCUUCGUCUUCCCUAAGGUAUUAUGGGUUGGGACUAGAAAAUGGAGGCUACACCGUAACACUUCGGUUUGCUGAAAUAGAUAUUCUUGGUUCUAACUCUUGGAGAGGUUUGGGAACACGAUAUUUCAACAUUUAUGUCCAGGGACGCCUUGUUGAAAAAGAUUUUGCUAUACGUAGAACAGCUGGUGACAGUACUGUUCGAGCAGUUCAAAGAAUAUAUAAAGCAAAUGUAUCAGAAAAUUAUCUUGAAAUUCAUCUUUUCUGGGCUGGCAAAGGAACAAUUAGUAUUCCUAUUCCAGGAACUUAUGGGCCACUAAUAUCGGCCAUAACUGCAAAACCAGAUUUUAAACCAACUGUGGCCAACAGGCCACUAUCAAAGAAAAAGUAUAGGAGGGGUACUAUUGUAGGUGUUAUUGUCGGGCUAGGACUUUUAAGCAUCUUUACGGGCGUGGUUAUCUUCAUCAUCCGAAAAAGCAGAAAGCGUUACACAGAUGAUGAAGAGCUGCUUAAUAUGGACGUAAAGCCUUACACUUUUGCAUACUCUGAACUUAAAAAUGCCACUAGAGAUUUCAAUCCCUCCAACAAGCUUGGAGAGGGAGGAUUUGGGACUGUUUAUAAGGGGAACCUGAAUGAUGGAAGAGAGAUCGCUGUGAAAGUAUUGUCGGUUGGAUCCAAACAUGGGAAGAGACAAUUUGUUGCAGAAAUCGUAGCAAUUUCUGCAGUUAUGCAUCGUAACCUAGUAAAACUUUAUGGUUGCUGCUACGAAGGAGAUAAUCGUUUGCUGGUUUAUGAGUAUCUCCAAAAUGGAAGUCUCGAUCAUGCACUAUUUGGUGAUAAGACUUUACAGCUUAAUUGGCCGACCCGUUUUGAAAUCUGCAUGGGAGUAGCCAGAGGUCUAGCUUACCUCCAUGAGGAGGCGAGUAUUCGCAUAAUACACAGAGAUGUGAAGGCCAGCAACAUUUUGCUUGACUCUAACCUGCUUCCAAAAGUCUCUGAUUUUGGGCUUGCAAAGCUAUACGAUGAAAAGGAAACUCACAUGAGUACGCGAGUGGCAGGAACCAUUGGAUAUCUUGCGCCAGAGUAUGCCAUGCGUGGAUACCUAACAGAGAAAACAGAUGUAUAUGCCUUUGGUAUUGUGGUUCUUGAGCUGCUGAGUGGAAGGAAAAACUUUGAUGUGAACUUGGAAAAUGAGAAAAAAUAUCUUCUUGAUUGGGCAUGGAAUCUACACGAAAACAGCCGUGAAGUUGAACUACUUGAUCAUGAGCUGACUGAAUUCAACAUGGAAGAAGCUAAACGCAUGAUAGGCAUUUCUCUGCUAUGCACACACUCAUCUCAUUUCUUGAGACCACCCAUGUCAAGAGUGGUGGCUAUGCUUUCAGGAGAUGUUGAGGUCAGUGAUAUAACCUCUAAGCCAGGUUACCUAACGGACUGGAGAUCUGAUGACACCUCAAGCUCCUCUUUCAGUGCCUUUCAAACAAAAGACAAAGGCUCUUCUGCGUCCAACUCCACAAGUUUUGUGAGGCCCAGAGACGGCAACUUGAAGCAACUUGGAGUCAAGAUCAAUGAGGGAAGAUGACAAUGUACCAAAUAUCUAUGAUAUAGGCUACACAUUUAUAUAGACCUUUGUGUAUGUGACUAUACGAGGAUCACUAAUAAUGUUUCACUUUGAUUCAAUAAUGUUUUAAGCAAUUUGAUUAAUUAA